AUGAUGGGAGAAGGUGAUGAAGUUCUGGGGCACAUCAACAGAGUCGAGAAUCUGGCGGAGCAACAGGACAUAGUCGGUGCUCCGGUCAGUGAGGACGAUUUGGUCAUCACGCUUCUGGCCAGCCUUAGCGAGUCGUACCAGUUCCUGAUAACAGCAUUGGAGUCGAGAGCCGACUCGCUGUCGUGGGAGCUAGUGACGUCUCGGCUAUUGCAUGAAGACAUGAAGCGCAAGGAGCAAGGUGGCGGAAUCGAAGGAGCCGCGCACGAUCAAGCUCAAGCAUUCAUGUCAAGAGACAACAAGUGCAAGGCUCGACCGGCUAAGAAGACCGGUGCGUGCCACAAUUGUGGAAAGCAAGGACAUUGGAUUGCGGAAUGCCCUUCGCGGAUCCAAGAAGACGCUGGUAGACAGAGGUUCCAGCGUGCGAAUAUCGCGCAAGAAGAAGAGCUUGGCGAUUACCUGUUCUCGGUUGGUAUUGGCAAGACCAAGUCGAGUUACAUGUGGCUGGUCGAUUCAGGAGCGACGCAGCGCAUGACAAUUUCGAAAAAAUUUAUGAGGAACUACAAGGACUUUGUUCCAGUAGAUGUGCAUCUUGCUGAUGAUGAGUUAUCUCGAAACUUAUUUUCCGUUGGAAGAUUCAUCAAGGACGUGGGGCCUGUCACCUAUGAAGUCGAUGGUUGCUUCGCGGAAACGAAGGGUUUCAAGUGGAAACUAGGCGCUCUAGAAGGAAUGGGAUUGUUCAAGCUUUGUAUGACACCGGUGCUUCCUGCCGAGGUCACUGAGGCCGCGACAAAGAAGGAGGAUAAGGCAGGCCAGGCGAAGGAUAAGGCUGGCGAGAUGAAGGACAUGGCUGCGGAGAAGGCGGGCCAAGCCAAGGACAUGGCACAAGACAAGGCUGGUCAGGCAAAAGACAAAGCCGGUGAGAUGAAGGACAUGGCCGCAGAGAAGGCGGGCCAAGCCAAGGGUAUGGCACAAGACAAGGCUGGUCAGGCAAAAGACAAAGCUGGUGAGAUGAAGGACAUGGCCCAAGUAAAGACUGGUCAGGCAAAGGACAUCCUUGAGAAGUUUGGCAUGGAAAACAGCAAACCUGUGAAGACUCCACAAGACCCUGGACUCAAGUUGACAAGGUCAAUGUGUGCAGAUGGGUGCAAGCAUGCGGAAACAAUGGCAAAUGUGCCAUACCGCAACGCCAUCGGCUGUUUGAUGUAUCUCAUGGUGGGGACCCGCCCGGAUAUCGCAGUUGCAGUGGGAGUUCUCAGUCAGUUCGCGGCAGAACCUUGUCCAACCCAUUGGCAAGCGCUAAAGCGGGUGUUCCGUUUUAUUCAAGGCACAAGGACGUAUGGAAUUGAAUUCCAAGCAACCAGUGAUGACAAGCUGCAAGGCUACUCGGACGCGGACUGGGCUGGAGAUGUCGAGGCUAGACGAAGCACAAGCGGGUACGCCUUUGUGAUGAACAACGGAUGCAUUAGCUGGAGAAGCAAGAAACAGAGCACCGUGGCUCUAUCGUCUACAGAAGCCGAGUACAUGGCUUUGACUGAAGCUGUACAAGAAGCAAUUUGGCUUAAGGCAUUCUUACAUGAACUCGGCGAUAUGAAUAGCGACGAAGCAGUCAAGAUCUACGAAGACAAUCAAGGUUCCAUCGCUUUGGCCAAGAACCCCGAGUUCCACAAGCGGACCAAGCACAUCGACAUUCGAUAUCACUUUGUGCGUGAGAAGGUGGCAGAAGGAAAAGUGGUCCUAGAAUACUGCUCGACCAAGGACAUGAAGGCUGACCUAAUGACCAAGCCAAUUCCUGCAUCACAGUUCCAGUAUCUUCGAAGUAUGUUGGGCAUCAAGGCGCCACGGUCUGCCGAGGCGAGUGGGAGUGUUGCAAAAGAAACGCCUUGGCAGGCUGAUUUUGUAAGAUGCACGUAG